AUGUACAGGGUGGUCAACAGACUGCUGGCAUGUCCCAAGAAAAUGCCAGACGUAGCGGCUCUGAAGGUAGAAACGAACUCUAAUAUCCCUUUAAAUGUGAUCAUCCGCAAACUCUUCCCAUACUGCUUAAUUCAAAGGCAUCCUCUUUCAGUUAAUAUUUCCGUUACAGGUCACUACAUCUUUGCAGGAGCCCAAGGACAUUAUGAUUCAGUUUUUAUCAACAAAAAGUUUCUGGCAUUCGGAAGACCAGUACUUCAUUGUAGAGCCGUUAAGCUGGCGUACGAUAUUUUCAAAUCUGUAUCAGCUCCUAACCAAAAUCCCCUAGUAGUAAUGCACGGGUUACUGGGCUGCAAGCGUAACUGGCGGUCUAUUGCUCGUGCACUCAACAGCAGAGGCUUCGGGAAGGUGUAUUGCGUUGAUGCGCGAAAUCAUGGAUCAAGUCCAUGGUCGAAGGACAUGAACUAUGAAUUUCUUGCAGAGGACAUCCUUAAUUUUAUAAAUCAGCUAGAGGCUUCUGACGUCUCUUUGAUUGGCCACAGUAUGGGAGGCAAGGCAGCGAUGAUGGCCGCACUGAUGGAGCCUUCUAUGAUCAACCGUCUGGUGGUCGUAGAUAUUGCCCCUAACAUAUCGCCCAACAGAGCUACUACGGGUUUGUUUCUUUCCCUGAUGAACCACGUCGAUACCAGAAGAAUGACCCGUGCAGGGAGUGUUCACACCCUCCGAGCGCGUUUGAUGGAGGAGUGGAAAGAGGCCGUACCCUCAUACCAUCAACGUGCAUUUAUUCUUGAUAAUCUGGUUGAGUCUGGAGGCAGAGCCGUAUGGCGAGUCAAUGUGAAGGCUAUUCACGACAACUUGAGUGAUAUCUUUGCUUUCCCUUUCUCCAGAGAGGACGACAAUAUCACUUUCAACGGACCCGCUCUUUUCGUCUCUGGAGAACUUUCACCAUUCUUAAAAUCUGAUCAAAUGCCCUACGUACUCCACUUUUUUCCACGAGCUAAGCGUGUGGAGAUUCCCGGUGCUGGACAUUGGAUCAAUGCUGACGCUCCCGGGCUACUUAUCGACAACCUUGCCGAGUUUCUAAGUCUCCAACACUUUUAA